AUGGUCAAGCAAAUCGCCAGCGCGGAAGAAUUCGCCGCCAUUAAAGCGGCCGGUAAACCGGUCGUCGUUGAUUUCACCGCGAGCUGGUGCGGACCGUGCAAGUCCAUCGCGCCGUUCUUCGAGGAAUUGGCGGCCAAGUACCCAGAAGUUGAAUUCGUCAAGAUCGACGUCGACGAACUCGAAGACGUCGCGGCCGAGUGCGGAAUCUCCGCGAUGCCGACGUUCCAAGUGUACUCCAACGGCGUGAAGGUUUCUGAAAUGACUGGUGCGGACAAGGACAAGCUGUCCGCGCUCGUCAAGGAUGCCAACGAGUUGUAG